UGAUCGUACGCUGCCCUGCCUUGAUAAUAAGUUGUCCUUCCAUUGAAAAUGUCUGAGCUGCAGUCGUUUCGCGUGUUCUUAAAUAGGCGCUUAAUUGAGGCUGCUGCGGAGAUUUUGGGGGCAUUUGAGAGAACAAUAGAGGAAUACCAGCUUGAGAAUGGUCGGUUACGAAGAAUGCUGCAGAUCAAGCCGGAGAUUGAACAAUGUCAAAUAGACUCCCUGCAGGUCUCUGUCUCUGAAGAGGAGGUUCCCCCUGAGCAAAAACACUGUAAGCAGGAGUGGAGACCCAGUCUACAGCAGGAGGACCCAGAGCCCAGACAGAUUAAAGAGGAAGAGGAGGAACUCAGAACCAGUCAUGAGGAAGAACAGGAUCAAGGUCUCUUUGAUUCCAAAGACUCCAUAUUGACUCCUCUCUGUGUGAAAAGUGAAUGUGAUCAGGAAGACCCACCUUCCAGAGAAACACCAGCUGAAUAUCCAUCUGUCAGUGGACUGAAAAUGUCUAAACUCCAGUCGUUUCAUGUGUUUCUCAAUGAGCGUUUGAUGGUGUCGGCAGCUGUGGAGAUUUUCAGGGCAGUUGAGAAAACUGUGUCAGAAUACCAGGAAGAGAAUGAUCAUCUCCGGAGACUGAUACAACUCACCCCAGAGAUACAGUCAUGUACAAUAGGCACCCUGAAGGUCUCUGUCUCUGAAGAGUUUUCACCUGAGCAGAAACACUCUGAGCAGGAGUGGAGCCCCAGUCUGGGGCAGAAGGACCCACAGCCCACACAGAUUAAAGAAGAACAGGAGGAACUCAGAACCAGUCAGGAGGAAGAACUGGAUCAAGGGCUCUUUGAUACCAAAGACUCCAUAUUGACUCCUCUCUGUGUGAAGAGUGAAUGUGAACAGGAGAACCCGCUUGUGGAGAACAGAGAGACUGACUUUCCACCGUCAUCCUCAGCACUAUCCUGCCCUUUUUGUGACAAGGUGUUCAAAUUAAAAGGGAAUCUGUCCAAGCACAUGAGGAUUCAUACAGGGGAGAAAACAUUUAGCUGUGGUGAAUGUGGGAAAAGUGUCAGUUCAGAGGCUUACCUUAAUAGGCAUAUGCAGACACACACAGGGGAGAAACAAUUUACCUGUGAUGACUGUGGAAAAAGUUUUAAAUGGAAAAUAGUACUGGAAAGGCAUAAACGGACUCACACUGGAGAGAAACCAUUUAUCUGUGGUGAAUGUGGGAAAAGCUUCAGUUGCAAGGCAAUCUUAACUGUGCAUACACGUACACACACAGGAGAGAAACCAUUCAGCUGUGUUGACUGUGAUAAAAGCUUCAGUCAGAAAGGGGACUUAAAUAGGCAUAUACAGACACACACUGGGGAGAAACCGUUUAACUGUGUUGACUGUGGGAAGAAAUUUAGUUUUGAAGUUUCUUUAAGGAGACAUAAAUUGAUUCACACAGGAGAGAAACCCUUUAGCUGUGGUGAAUGUGGGAAAAGCUUCAGUUUAAAGGAAAACUUAACUAGGCACAAACUGACUCACAGAGAGAAACUAUUUACCUGUACUGACUGUGGCUUAAGCUUUGUUCAUAAGGAAGACCUAAAAGGGCAUAAACUGACUCACACAGAAGGUAAAUCAUUAAUAUGUGGUGACUGUGGAAAAAGCUACAGUACGAAGAAGAUCUUAUCUAGACAUCAGCUGAUUCACAAGAGAGAGAAAUCUUUGAGUUGUGGUGUCUGUGGGAAAAACUUCAGCCAUAAAGGGGACCUAAAAAGGCAUAUGCAAACACACACAGGAGGGAAGCCUUUUAGCUGUAAAUGUGGGAAAAGGUUCAGUCUCAAGAAGAACCUGAACAGGCAUGAGCUGGCUCACACAGGAGAGAAAUCAUUAAGUAGUGAAGAAAUCACAACUAAUAUCUAAUCGCCCACAUACUGACUGACGAUGGAGUCAAACAACAUACCUGUUCAGCCAGUGGGACAAAACUCUACUAAGUAAUCAGAAAAACAUCCACAAGGAAGGAAAACAAAAUGAAAAAGACAUACAAGGAAACAGAAUUUGUGUAAAGAAAGUAAACCAACUUUGGAUUAUUGAUACUGUGGGUUCAGAAAAGGAAAUUGAUCUAUGAUGAAUUGACCAGGUGUUAUGUGGAGUUGGGACAGUAAUGUAAUAUGGUAUUUUGACACUCACACAACUCCAUUCAUACCCUAGUGGCCUUAGAAUCACAACCACAGUGUAACAUUGGUGAAUUGUGACUGACUGAUAUUAACAAAUAUACACAACAUAUAUUAAAAAGUUAUGAAGAA